AUGGCAUCGCAAGCAGACUACCGCGACAGGCAGUUCCUAGCUGUGAUCGGAGACGAGGCAAGCAACUUAACUUAUGCGACACGGCCAGCGCUUGGGCAUGUUACCGCACCGCCAGACAACCAAAAGAACUUCCUCGUAGUAGACGCAAAGACAGACACCGCUUCCAUCGAGGCGGCCUUCGAGCGGUUUACAACGGAGAGGAAGGACAUUGGGAUAGUUUUGAUCAACCAACAUAUUGCCGAUAGGAUACGGAACCGGGUCGAUACCUACACUCAAGCAUUCCCCACCAUUCUCGAGAUCCCAAGCAAAGACCACCCCUACGACCCGGAGAAGGAUAGCGUCUUGCGGAGAGUCCGCCGGUUGUUUGGCGAGUGA